UCCCGCAAAAUGUAACCACUUUUGUUCACAAACUUCUCUCUAUGGAUAACUUUUCUCUGUUCUCUUUCCAACUCUCUGUAAUUUAUUUUCUUGGAAUGUUAACUAAUGGAUAAUGAUUUGAUUAUAAAUUUAUUCCUAGAUAUAGCCGAAUUUAAAGUUUAAAGAAAUAUAUCGAUGAAGAACCUUAAAACCGAUUGAGGGAAACCCCUUUUGGCCUACAACUCUUUGGCUUCUGUUACGCCUUUGUCCUUGUUUAGUUCUCUGCUUUCUCGGCUGCCUUCCGGAGACCUUUCACUUUCCGAAUUAGCUAAUUGACGUUGGUAAUUUCCGCAUUCUGUUGGAGGCCAAAACUAGACAGAAAUAUACCCCCAAAGAACCUCUAAAACUGUCAGAAGGGGGUGCUGGGCCUGUGAUGGGCGGGCGGCGUUGCCCGUGGCAACUUGCCUUUGGGACCAAUCAAUAAAAAAGUCAACAAGCAAGUCGGAAAUAUCGACGCAGGGCGAUGGCACAGGAAUUUGGGUUGAUUACGUUUUAGCAUCGAAAUAAAUUCCUGUUUAGAGUGUGGCCUCAUUGGGCGAGGACUAGGACUACAACCGGACCCGAUUGCCCGUAAACUAGCCCAUGGGCCGUCGCUGCUAGAGGGAGCAGCGGAAGGAUGACCCCAAAGCGUAAGCGUCGCGGACGCAGCGAGUCGCGGGCCAGGAGCAAAGCCAAGCUGAAGGCAGAGCAUCAGCAGCUGCUGGACGAACUGGAGCUGGUCGACAGCUGCUGCGACAUUUGCCACUGCGAUUGCUACAGUUCACACAGCAGCGGCAGUGCGAGUGGACACCAGCAGGAGGCGCCCAAGGAGCAGCAGCAGCAGCAGAAGUACGAGGAACUGCAUCAGUUGGAUCAGGAGAUCGAGGCUCUGGAGCAUUUGCAGCGCAGAGAGGGUGCAGCAUCUGCGGGCAGAAGAAGUCACAGCAGUCAGCGUCAGCGCAGUGCUUCCCGAUCCCCCGCUGAGGGGAAAACCUCGCGAGCCCAGAGCAGACGCGGCUCCGCAGAGUGCCAGACGCGUGCCUCCACAUCGGGCAGAAGCAGACGGUCCAAGAGCGCCGGCAGCCAAAGGAGUGACUCCAGGCGGCGAACUCCAAAGGAGGAACCAGUGGAAGCAAAGCCACAGCCACAGGUACGACAGCGACGCGGUGCUCAAAGGGAUUGCAAGAUGCUGCAGCACUUUCUGGUACCCCUCGGCGACGCCCCCGCCCUGUCCAUCAGUGGCAGAGGCAAAUCCAAGUCGCAGGAGAACAUGGCCCUGGUGCCCCUCGGCCAGGCGCAGGCCCACCACCACAAACGAGGCGACGGCAAAUCCCUGUGCGCUUCCAUGGCCAAUCUGUGCCUGGCGCCGACGGUGCGGGCGGCCUACCAGCAGGUGCCCGACCACGACCAGAAGAUACUCAACCGAAUGGCCGUGAAGCGGAGCCAACAGGCGACGGACAAGGAGCAUGCCUGGCUGGCGCGAAAGUACUGGGAGAACGAGCGCUUGGAGCGGCAGCUCCUCAAGGUCGAGCAGGUGGAGGAGUACAAGCGGGCGGUGCAUGACAAACAGUUCCAGGACUACCUGAUGACCAAGGCCCGCCUGCAGGCCUUGGCCGAGCGGGAUCUGGCGGAGCUGCGGCGCCUGCGGGGCGCUCUGGAUGCCAAGGAUGCGGCGGCCAAGCAGCGACUGGCCUCCAUGCGGCUGGAGCGGGACAUGACUCUAUGCCAGCGGCGCUGCGAGGAGUUGCGUCGCAGCGAGGCCGUCACCGUGCACCAGGAGGAGCAGUACCUGGACUCCACCCUGCGCAAGCGCGACAUCUGCAUGCGGCUCAACCAGCGCAUCCGUCGUGCCGACGAGCUGCGGGGCCAGCUCCUGGAGGCGUAUCUGCGCCGGCUGCAGCACGACAACUACGUGGAACAGGCACAGCACGAGGAGCACUGGCGCGAGCGCCAGCAUCUGGAACGGCUCAAGCAGCAGCAACUCAAGGAGGACAUUCAGCGCAAGCGGAGCCAGUCGCAGCGCUUUGUCGAGGGCCGACAGCGGCGGCAGGAGGCCCGUUUCCGCACGGCCAAGAUCUCGGCCAGCCUCCGGGAGCUGGUGCGUCAGUCGGUCACGCCGGAGGGUGGCUCUGGUUCUCUGGGCCCAGAUCAGCAGGCGCUCAACUCGUAUGCCCAGCAGCAGGUGCACUUGGGCCGCCUCCUCUUCGAACGUUCGGCUAGGGAUUGAGAAUUAAGGAUUAGUGUGCGGGGUG